GUGAUAAACUUAUUAAAUAGAUUCAGCCAUGAAUAAAUUGGUGAUUGGAGCAACCAAUUUGAAAUUGGUAGUCGCUUUUAUAAGCAUCGGGCUUUCAUGUCAGUUCUACCUACCCGGAAUAGCGCCAAGAAGCUUCUGCAAGAAGGAUGCGCCCUUCGAAGGAUGCGAGAACACUAUCGAUGUGCUAGUGAACAGAUUGGACUCUUUCGAAACUGUGAUUCCGUACGACUAUCACAAAUUUGACUUCUGCGAGGCUCCCAAAGAUAAGCAGACACCGAGUGAGAACCUUGGCCAGAUUGUGUUCGGAGAGCGGAUCCGAUCGUCUGCCUACUCGUUCGAUUUUGCCGACUCCAACUGUGUGAAGGUGUGCUCUAAGAACUACCCCACAUCCAACAAGGCGGCCACGCGAAAGCUACACUUCCUGCAAGAGGCCAUCAUUAAAGGUUACCAGAACCACUGGAUCAUCGACAAUAUGCCUGUGAUCUGGUGCUACGACGUUGAGAAUGGACAACAGUUCUGCUACCCUGGAUUCCCAAUUGGAUGUUACGUCAAUUCCAAUGGACUCAAAAUGACGUCAUGUGGUCUGGAUCCACGAAUGAACAACAAGAAUAGCUUCUACAUCUUCAACCACGUGGACAUCACCAUAGAGUACCACACUGUAGAUGAGCCAGUGGUAGGGGCUGUCAGACUUGUCCAGGCCAGAAUCACUCCUAGGAGCGUCAAGACACAGGGCAAAUGUGAUCCUUCGGAGCCGGUAUUGGAGGUUCCCAUUUCCCCGAAACAGGAGAUCUCGUUCGACUACACAUACUCUGUCAAGUUCCAGGAGAACGUCAAUGUGCGAUGGGCAUCCAGGUGGGACUACAUUCUGGACAGCAUGCCUCAGCCACAGAUCCAGUGGUUCAGCAUCAUCAACAGUGUCGUCAUUGUCCUCUUCCUCUCCGGAAUGGUGUCCAUGAUCCUGCUCCGCACUCUCCACAGAGACAUCGCCAAGUACAAUCAACUGGACAAUGCCGAAGACGCAAUUGAGGAGUACGGAUGGAAGUUGGUGCACGCGGACGUCUUCCGAGCCCCAAAGAACGGCAUGCUUCUCUCCGUCAUCAUCGGUACUGGAUCCCAGGUACUGGCCAUGACUGUGGUCACCCUCAUCUUCGCCUGUCUUGGGUUCCUCUCCCCUGCCAAUAGGGGUGCACUGAUGACGUGUGUGCUGGUGCUGUAUGUCAUAUUCGGAAUGAUCUCGGGAUACGUGUCUGCAAGACUGUACAAGGUGUUUGGAGGUCUGAAGUGGUACUCGAAUGUGCUAAUGACUGCCAUGCUGUGUCCUGGUGUCGUGUUCGCCAUCGUGUUCUUCCUCAACAUCUUCCUCUGGACCCAAGGAAGCUCGGCCGCCGUCCCCUUCCCCACCCUUUGUGCCCUGGUGGGACUCUGGUUCGGAGUCUCCGUACCACUGACUUUCGUCGGUUCCUACUUUGGCUUCAAGAAACAUGUAAUAGAAUACCCAGUGCGAACCAACCCUAUCCCCAGGACGAUUCCCGAGCAGAGUUUUUGGACGAAACCCUUGCCAAGUAUCCUGAUGGGAGGAGUAUUGCCCUUCGGCUGUAUCUUCAUCCAGCUUUUCUUUAUCCUCAACUCGAUUUGGUCCCAUAUGUUCUACUACAUGUUCACCCUGUUGUUUCUGGUGGCGCUGAUCCUGAUGAUGACAUGUGCGCAGGCCUCAAUUCUGUUGUGCUACUUCCACCUGUGUGCCGAGGACUACAACUGGUGGUGGCGCUCCUUCUUCACCUCCGGAUCCACUGCGUUCUACUUUCUCCUAUACUGCGUCAACUAUUUCCAGACGAAGAUGGCAGUGACUGGGUUCAUGAGCACUGUCCUGUACUUUGGAUACAGCAUGAUCAUGGUGCUGCUGGUGAUGGUGUUCUGUGGCACGAUCGGGUUCCUCGCAUGCUUCUGGUUCAUCCGCAAGAUAUACUCCGUCGUCAAGGUAGACUGAUCAGAACCUGUGCAGCAGAACCUCCCAGGAGCGAUACAACUGGCAAAACUAAAAAUCAAACUGACACACACAACACAACAAAACAGAAGAUUCAAAUCAAGACCUCUAUGAAGUGUUCAGAAAUAAGUAAAACUAUGGCAAUUUCUCUAAUUUUCAAAUACUUGAGAGUAUUUUCUGAUUUAGGUUGGAUUUAAAUGCGUAUUUUGAGUUGUGCGAUAAAAAAAUAGCUGUUUUUUUUUCGUUUUUCGUCGUCCGAUUAUUUGGUUUCCAAACUACUUUAUCUGGAAAAGAUUGUUUUUCAAAUAUAAUUAUACAUGAAUCAACAUCAACCAUGAAUUUCUUGGUUGGAAAUUGUUUCUACAAUCUGUGCGACUACUGGACCGAAAUUUCUUCAAUGGUAAAUAAAACUGGACUUUUAAAUUUGAUUGAAUUCUUUGCCAGUUUAAAUGGUUUUUUUGUUUCAUUUCAAGUUAUCAAUGAUUGCAUAGAAAUAAAGUUCAUCUGCUAUUACUCAUUGUCCUUUUUGUAUAACUUUCAAGAAUCAAGUUCUGGAAAUCAAACUUGAAACUUAAAUUAACUAAAAGUAUAUUAGUUUUGGUUAAAAGUCAACCAAAAAAUUCCAGGAACUUGAAACUUCUUCCUAACAGUAUAGACUUCUUUAAAAUACAUAUCCUUGUUGUAAUCCAAAUUAAAUCUCGUGUUUUCACUGUGAACAAGGGCAAAUUGGUGUGAAUUGUUCGCGCUCACUAUGACUCGAUUGGAACAGCAUCUUUUGAGACUUGUAUAACCAGAAAAAAAUCAGUUUAAAUGAAAUCGAGGUGAGAAGUUUACCAGGCAAUAUUGUUCAAUUUUUCCCGCCUUUGUUGUACAUUGUAAAUAAAUUAUCAACCAAAGAUAUUAUAUAUUCACGUGAACAUCGCCUAUGCAACAGUUUAAUUCAAGUAUUGGGUUGUUUA